CCGGUCUACCAGGUUCACCAGGUUCACCAGGUUCCCUCUACUUGCUUACCUAAGUAGUCUGUGGAAGGCUGAGAUAUCGAACCACGUGAGAACCCUCCCACCCAGAUAUCAAGUACUAUCAACGGAGAAUUCAAGGGGGAAUUUCCGGGAACCCCAGUCUAUAAUACCUUCUAGCGUCGACUCUGUACAACUCCCGCAUACCGGGUAUAACCUUAGCCUCGUGUCGAGCAUAGGCAAGGCUGUGAUCAAUACCCCACCAGGGCCACCAUCCACGUUCAAAUCUAAUAAUACUUGUAACUCCUUCAAGAAAUAUUCCGAGACAUUUUAUAAGAUUAUCGAAUUUAAACAAAAAUUAACAAAAAAAAAAAAAAAAAAGAAAUCCAGAUAUGAUGGCGGCUUCAAAAGCUCCUAUGCCCUCGGCUUUAACCUUCGAGUUAUUGGCUCGUUGCUCUACAACAAAAGCAAGAGCCGCCAAUUUGACUUUACCUCAUGGGCCAGUCCAAUUACCCAUGUUCAUGCCAGUGGCCACACAAGCAUCAUUAAAAGGGUUGACUCCGCAACAACUGGAAGACACAGGUUGUCGUUUAUGCUUGAACAACACCUAUCACCUAGGCUUGAAACCAGGGCAGGAAGUUUUAGACAAAGUUGGGGGAGCGCAUAAGUUACAAGGAUGGAACCACAAUAUAUUAACAGAUAGUGGAGGUUUUCAAAUGGUCAGUCUCCUAAAAUUGGCCAAUAUCACAGAGGAAGGUGUCCGAUUUUUGAGUCCGCAUGAUGGAUCCCCUAUGUUACUCACGCCUGAGCAUUCAAUGUCUCUUCAAAAUUCCAUAGGAAGCGACAUUAUUAUGCAACUCGAUGAUGUGUUAGUUACUACCUCCCCCGAUGCCGAAAGAAUGAAAGUAGCCAUGGAAAGAAGUGUAAGAUGGCUCGAUCGAUGUAUUACCGCACACGCGAACCCGACGACACAAAAUCUGUUCUGCAUUAUACAAGGAGGAUUGGAUUUAGAGUUGAGGAAAAAAUGCUGUGAAGAGAUGGUCGCAAGAGGGACACCAGGUAUUGCAAUAGGUGGGUUAAGUGGUGGUGAAGCCAAGUCAGAUUAUUGUCGUGUAGUAAAUACAUGUACAAGUCUCUUGCCAGAUAAUAAGCCCAGAUAUGUGAUGGGAAUUGGAUAUCCUGAAGAUUUGGUAGUCAGUGUGGCAUUAGGCGCAGACAUGUUCGAUUGUGUAUGGCCUACUCGCACAGCGCGAUUUGGAAACGCAAUCACCAAACAUGGAGUCCUAAAUUUACGACACGCAUCUUACGCGAACGAUUUUAGACCAGUGGAAGAAGGAUGUGGAUGCAUAUGCUGCAGAACAGGAGAUGGCGGUCUGGGUAUUACCAGAGCAUAUGUUCACCAUUUAGCUGCUAAAGAGACUGUUGGUGCACAUCUACUCACCAUGCAUAAUGUUUGGUAUCAACUGGAGUUGAUGAGAAAUGCUAGGAAAGCUAUUAUCGAAGAUAGAUAUCCCGCUUUCAUUAAGAAGUUCUUUGCAGAUCUUCAUGGUGGUGAGAAAUCUAAAUAUCCAGAUUGGGCAGUAGAAGCAUUACGAACAGUUGGUGUUGAUCUAAUGGAGUGAUGAGAGAAGAUUUUAGGAUUAAUAAGAGAUGAAUAGAUAGGUACCUACCAAUAGUAAAAUAUUUUGAAGAGAA